GCAGAUGAAGAAAUGAGGCUUCAAGAGGUUAACUUAUCCAAGUUACAAUUGGGGACUGUAACCCAAGUCUGUCUCUAACUCCAGAGCCUGUACCCUUAACCACUAGGCUGUGAUACCUGAUUUUAUAAUGGGCUGCAUUAAAAGUAAAGAGAGUAAAAGUCCAGCCGUAUAUAGAACUGAAAAUACUCCAGAGCCUGUCAGUACAAGUGCCAGCCACUAUGGAGCAGAGCACACUUCAGUGGCACCAUCGUCUUCAGCCAAGGGGACAUCUGUUAAUUUUAGCAGUCUUUCCAUGACACCGUUUGGAGGUUCCUCAGGUGUGACACCUUUUGGAGGAACGUCUUCCUCAUUCUCAGUGGUGCCAAGUUCAUAUCCUACUAGUUUAACAGGUGGCGUUACUAUAUUUGUGGCCUUAUAUGAUUAUGAAGCUAGAACUACAGAAGACCUUUCAUUUAAGAAGGGUGAAAGAUUUCAAAUAAUUAACAAUACGGAAGGAGACUGGUGGGAAGCAAGAUCAAUUGCCACAGGAAAGAAUGGUUACAUCCCUAGCAAUUACGUAGCGCCUGCAGAUUCCAUUCAGGCAGAAGAAUGGUAUUUUGGCAAAAUGGGUAGAAAAGAUGCUGAAAGAUUACUUCUGAAUCCUGGGAACCAACGAGGUAUUUUCCUAGUAAGAGAGAGUGAAACUACUAAAGGUGCUUAUUCCCUCUCUAUUCGUGAUUGGGAUGAGGUAAGGGGUGACAAUGUAAAACACUACAAAAUUAGGAAACUUGACAAUGGUGGAUACUAUAUCACAACCAGAGCACAGUUUGAGACUCUGCAGAAAUUGGUGAAACACUACACAGAACAUGCUGAUGGUUUAUGUCAUAAGUUAACAACUGUGUGUCCAACUGUGAAACCCCAGACUCAAGGUUUAGCAAAAGAUGCUUGGGAAAUCCCUCGAGAAUCUUUGCGACUAGAGGUUAAAUUAGGACAAGGAUGUUUUGGUGAAGUAUGGAUGGGAACGUGGAAUGGAACCACAAAAGUAGCAAUCAAGACACUAAAACCAGGUACAAUGAUGCCAGAAGCUUUUCUUCAGGAGGCUCAGAUCAUGAAGAAAUUAAGACAUGAUAAACUUGUGCCACUGUAUGCUGUCGUUUCUGAAGAGCCAAUUUACAUUGUCACUGAAUUUAUGUCAAAAGGAAGCUUAUUAGACUUCCUUAAGGAGGGGGAUGGAAAGUAUUUGAAGCUCCCACAGCUGGUUGAUAUGGCUGCUCAGAUUGCAGAUGGUAUGGCAUAUAUUGAAAGAAUGAACUAUAUUCACCGAGACCUUCGGGCUGCUAACAUUCUUGUAGGAGAAAAUCUUGUGUGUAAAAUUGCAGAUUUUGGUUUAGCAAGGUUAAUUGAAGACAAUGAAUAUACUGCAAGACAAGGUGCAAAAUUUCCAAUCAAAUGGACAGCUCCUGAGGCUGCACUGUAUGGUCGAUUUACAAUAAAGUCUGAUGUAUGGUCCUUUGGAAUUCUACAGACAGAACUAGUAACAAAGGGCAGAGUGCCAUAUCCAGGUAUGGUGAACCGGGAAGUGCUGGAACAGGUGGAACGUGGAUAUAGGAUGCCUUGUCCUCAGGGCUGUCCAGAGUCCCUGCAUGAAUUGAUGAAUCUUUGCUGGAAGAAGGACCCUGAUGAAAGGCCAACAUUUGAAUAUAUUCAGUCUUUCUUGGAAGACUACUUCACUGCUACAGAGCCACAGUACCAGCCAGGAGAAAAUUUAUAAGUAACCUGUUUUAUAUGCACAAAUCUGCCAAAAUGGAAAGAACUUGCGUAGAGUUCCUCACUUAUGUACAGGAGUCAAAAGAAGAAAACCUUUUUUACUCUGCAUGUUUUUUAUGGUAAACUGGAAUUCCAGACAUGGUUGCACAAAACCACUUUUGUUUUCUCCCCAAGUGUUAAACUCUAAAGUACCAAUGAUGAAUUCCCAGUUUAUUUCAGGGUCCAAAGAAAGUAUAGCUGAGACCUUGACGACAGUGCGAAUGACAGCAUGACAGUGAAGAACAGCAAGGCUACUGUUUCUUCCCCACCUCAGAAUUGUUUAGGGAAAUUAUCAUUAUAGACAGAACUUGGGAGACAAAAAGUUAUAAAAAAAAAAAAAACCCGUUGCCAUCAAGUCAAUUCUGACUAAUAGCAACGCCAUAGGACAGGGUAGAACUGCCCCAUAGGGUUUCCAGAGAGCAGCUGGUGGAUUUGAACUGCUGACCUUUUGGUUAGCCAACUGAGUUCUUAACCACUACGCCACCAGGGCUCCAUACCGUAAUAAAACCUAAAAUUAAGUAAUUUCAUGGGACCAAACAAUUCUAUUCCAGUUUUUAAAAAUUUCUUGCAUCCAUUAUUCUCAAAAGUUUUUUCUAAGUUGAACAGUUAAUAUGCAGCUUUAAUAUAUGCCUUGUUUUGCAUGGAAAUGGGCCAAGUUUUACAGAAGCAAAAAGGAAUAUAAACAGCAUCUAAAACUUGAUUAAAUGUUAGACCUCAGCAGUGGAAUUUGAAAGUAUAAUACAUUGUGUUAAUACUCAUAUUCAUGGAAUGGAAAGUAGAAUAAGAAAAUGUUCACUUUAAUAUUUUCUGAAUAGUUCAAUUUAGAAUCAUGAAGGUAAUUAAAAAGUGAGCUGACCUUUUAUAAGGUUGCAUGGAUUGAAACAAACAAAAGCCGAUAUAUAACUGAAAUUUUACUACCCAACCCAAGGGGGAAACUUUCAAUCUUUAGAUAGCAUGAAAAAUAAGACCCACCAUUUUAAACACUCCUUUUAAAAAAAAAAAAAAAAAGACUUGGUACUGUGAGAUGUUGCUAAUAUGCCCGUAUGGUGAUGGGUGCCACAGAUACAAACAGCACUAGAUCAGGGACUUGGAUGCACUUUUGCUCUUACUGAAUAUAAACUAACAGAGAGGAAAAUGUAUUUAAAAGAAGUAUGAGGAAAGUUUUACAGGUUGAGGGAUGGAAUGGAAGGUUUAAUGUUGAUAUCAUAGAGUGAUAAAAUGGCUUUGCUGGCAUUCAGAGCUCCUCAUUUAUGUUUUAAGACUAAGAGUUACAAGGUAAAAAUAUAGAACUAACUUUUCCUAAUGUUUACACUGAGUGUUACAUCCUCAAAAUAGUGGAGUUUUCACACUUACUACAGUGAUACAGCUUUUACUCAGCAUUUUUAGAACUCCAGUUUUCAAAUUCCUGUUUGAAUCUACAUUCACUUUUUAAAUAUGCUUACUGGUGGCCAUUUUUUCCCUUUUAGGAUAUAGUUGGUUUGGGGAAGAAAACUGACUCAGUAACAGAUAGUUUUUGCCCAUUUAAAGUGCAGAAGUGAAACAAAGACUGAUUUUUAUGACUAACUCAGAAAGAAAUUCCAACAUAGAAUUUGAAUAAUAGCAUUACUGGUUUCAGUGACCAGCAAAGGAAGAACUGAGUCUGAUAAAUAAAAGUUUGAUACUUAUGUUUUUAAAUAUUCUAUUUUAUAGUCACACUUAAAUAAAGCAAUAACAUCUGGUCCCCAUAUUUUAGGAAUGUAAUUUUUAUCUGCCAUCACUUACCUGAUUUAAUCAUAAAAUUGAAAAUUCUGUGCCAUGGUAUUUAUGUUGAAACUCAGACCAUUUUAAAAUGUGACAAAUGAAUUCCGUGCACGUUGGCAGCAAUUCUGGUACUAAAAAUUGUGGUCGUUUCUUACGUUUACAUAACCUGCUUAGUAUUGAAUCCCUCUACCAAGAGGAUCUUCCUCAGGAGAGUGGCCAUCAUUAUUUACCCUUAACAUCUACAGCGUGUGACGUCAGAUUUUUAAAGGGCUUUAUGUGAAUUGAUAUCAUUUUUCUAAGCAUUUUAAAAAAGGUGACAAAAUUAUGUUUAUGUACUAAUGCUGUUAAGAAAAAUAAGCCAUGAAAAGUUGAUGGUGUUCAUUAGGUUUGAAAUGAAUGGCACAGUUCCUUGUAAUAACAAUUGUGUAGUAAGGAAAUAAAACACUAACUUACGUGUA